ACAGAUUUUUCUUUGGAAGCAGGCAGAAUCUGGAAAAUCUCAUCUCUUGCUUCCCCUCCUCUUCUUUCUUCUGGUUGCACAACUCGGCCCCGACAGGAGCGUCAUUCCUCCUGCUGCACUCCUCCGUACUAGUCGCUUUGACCUUGCUCACAUACACACACACACACACACGUCUGAGCUUCACAGCCGACAGGAAUGGGACUGAGGAGAGCGAUUGUUCUGGUUGCGUUGAUGGAGGUGACAUGGAGCCUCAACGUGACGACAAUCGGACCUGAAACCGUUUCCACGGACGCCUCAGCUCAUCCGGAGCCGGCCGAGGAGAACACAGAGCAGAAAGAAGCGGCGGCAGAGGAGGAGGAUGUGAUGGCGACAGGUGAGCUGAACCCCAACCACUACCCCGCCCAGAGGGCCGCCAAGUUGGUCCAGCACUACCUCAACGCGCGCUACGGCUCCCCUUACAAACUGUUUGGACUGAAGGAGGUCCACAGUGGGAACGCGGAGGAAGUGGCAGACUCCGGGAGAAAGUAUCAGCUGGAGAUAUCGGUGCACGAGAUCAUCAGCAACACUAAAGAGAAAUGCUCCGCCGAGGUUUUCUUUCCGAGCGGAGCAAAGCAGCUCUCACCUCAAGUCCAGGUCUCCGGAUGUGAGGAGAUCUUGAAGCUUGAUGCCAAAUCUGAAGAAGAGGCCUUGUACCAGCAGUACAAGACCAACAAAACCGUUCGCACUGAAGAGCGCCUACCGGACAGCUACGGUCACAUCGACCCAGAGAUGACUCCUUUCUGGCACCUGAGCAUCGUGGCCUCUAGCUUCAUUAUGCUGAAGGAAUCAACAGAAAACACUCUGUACAACGUGGCACAGGUGGCCAACAUCACUCAACUGGCAACAGAGAAUGACCAGCUGAAGUUUGACUGCCACGUCCUGCUGCAUGAAAUGGUGUCUCAGGAAAUUCCUCAGUGGAAGCUGCUGUUCACCUGGUCUCCAGCAGAGGGCGUGAAGGUGCUGCACACGGAGCAGCUGCCCCACGUUCACGAAUUUGAAAAACGAGCAAAACCAAACUGAUCUGCUGCUGUUCUCUAAACUGAGGUUGCAACACUUUGUAAUCAGUUAUUUCUUUGUAGACGUGCUGCAAUAUCUGAAGCAAGAUUAGCUGUUUCUCUUUUUUCCCCCCUUUGCAUCUUAAGCCGUUUAAAACACACAAGAAGCUGGAGUUUAUACUCAAUAAAGCGUUUAACGGUU